AUGAGAAAAGCAAAGAAUCCAGAUGGUUCGCGUUUGUUCCAAAAAUCAGAUUUCCUGUCACCGCAGCAAAUUGCAAGCUUUUUUUCUCGCUUGGCUAAAAAAAGAAGACAAGUUGAUUAUAGUGACACAGAAGAUGAGGUCGAGGAAGACGAGUUCAAAGAAAUGUCAAACGAAGAGAACUUUGAAAAACUAACAAAUGAAAUUUUGAAUGAAAUUUCUAUUUCCCAUCCAAUAAUAUUUGAAAUACACAACAUCUGCGAACUGGCUACAAACUCCAAGUUGUCCAAAUUCUCUGUACGUAUGCUCCAAGAUAUUUGCAACUUUUUUGAAGUGGAUACAUCUGCCAUAAAAAGCACAAACAGAUUCAAGAAGCCGUAUAUCGACCUUCGAACGAAUUAGUGGCAACCUGCUCCUGCUACAAGAGCCAGUAAACUAUUUUAUGAUUAUGUUUUGUGUUAGAAAAAAUGCUGUUCCGUUACUCGUUGGCAAUGUCAGUUAGCGCUGAAGCGCCAUAGACCCAACCUCGCAAGCCAGGGUCUUUUACUUCUGCACGGCGCUACAGCAAAGACCCUGGUUCCCUCUGGUCACGUGAGCUCCUAAAAAUUAGGGAAACAAGAGGUCCUAGGGGAGGGUGGUUGAGGGAGCCUGUAGCUAAUACUGAAAUACAGCCAAGUAUAGAUGACCAAUCGUCGAUAACCUUGGGUGAGUCAAACGAAUCAAAUUACUCAAAUAUCUCAUUAUAUAAUUUAGAAAAAAUAGCAUUUCAUCGGGGCAUGUCUAUGGCAUGUUUGAAUAUAAAUAGUUUAUUUGCCCAUAUAGAUGAAUUACGAGUAGUUAUGAGUAAUAAUAAAGUAGACAUAUUAUGUAUUAAUGAGACCAAACUUGAUUCAUCAAUUAAUGACAAUGAAAUCCAUAUACCAAAUUUUGAAAUCAUUCGAAGAGAUCGGCGUACAAAUGGUCGUCACGGCGGCGGCAUUUGCAUUUACAUUAGAAGUAAUAUUAAUUACAAAAUACGACAUAAUCUACAAUCUGAAACUCUCGAAAAUCUAGUUGUAGAAAUUAAGAAACCACGAUCUAAGUCUAUCCUAGUUAGUACAUGGUAUAGACCUCCAGAUUUACCUACUAGUUACUUUGCCGAAUUCGAGCAAAUGAUUGGAUCGUUCGAUGCUGAAAAUUUAGAGUAUUUUCUGCUUGGUGAUUUAAAUGUUGAUUUUACCCCAACAACUGAGUCACCGAGCAAGAAUAAAGUAAAAGAAAUACUUGAUAUAUACGAUGUCGAACAAUUAAUAAACGAACCGACAAGAAUUACUGCUACAUCUAGCACCCUGAUCGAUUUAUGCCUAACCAAUACACCUGUAAAUAUUGUGAAGUCUGGUGUCAUACACGUAUCUAUUAGUGACCAUUCAUUAAUAUAUAUGAUACGUAAGGCUAACUAUAUACGAGGGGGGCCCAGAACGAUAGAUGCUAGAACAAUGAAGAACUUCAACAGAGAAUUGUUUCUAAGCGACCUUGAACUAAACCAUUGGGAUAGUGUCUAUUGCUCCCAGGACCCUAACGAAAUGUUUGAUGUCUGGAAAAAAAUGCUCAUGAAAACCAUAAAUAAGCACGCACCACUUAGAUCCAGGAGAAUUAGAAAUAGAAAAUCUCCCUGGAUUACAAAAGAUUUAAGACGCCAGAUAUUUAACCGAGAUUACCUAAAAAAGAAAGCUGUUACAUCCAAUGAUCCUAAAAUCUGGCAUCAAUAUCGACAAACUCGAAAUCACAUUAAUAAUGAAAUUAAAAAAACUAAACAAGCUUAUUAUAAGAAUAAUCUUGAAUCGAGUAAAGGCAACAUGAAAAAAACAUGGAACCUUAUAAAUGAACUAAGCUCCAGAAAUGUAAGCAAAACUAAAAAGAUAACACAAUUAGAUUUUGAAGAGCGAGAAAUAACUGCACCUGAAGAAAUAGCUGAAACAUUUAACAGCUACUUCUCAGGUAUUGGUGAAAAACUUGCUUCCGAUAUUCCUGCUCCUGUGCGUGAUCCAGUAUUUUAUCUUAAACCAACUGAUAAAUCUUUCUCUCUCAAAACUCCCUCCGUUAACACAGUUUAUCAACUGCUGACUACAUUAGAUGAUAAGAAGUCAGCUGUUUUGGACAAUAUACCAAACAAAUUCCUAAAGAUAGCUGCAAGUGUUAUUGCACCCUCGUUAACAGGAAUAUUCACUGCAUCUAUUAAUACCGGAAUAUUCCCGUAUGAAUGGAAGGCAAGCAGAGUAACGCCAGUAUUUAAGAGUGGCACAAGAAAUAACCCAGGCAACUAUCGGCCUAUAUCAAUUAUUCCAUGUGUUGCUAAAAUUUUUGAAAAAAUCAUUUUCGAUCAACUACAUGGGUAUCUUGAUUCAAAUAAUUUGCUGAACACAUUCCAAUCUGGAUUUCGACCGUUCCACAGUACCCUAACAGCGUUGCUAGAAGCCACAAGCGACUGGUCCAUGAAUAUUGACAAUGGCCUAAUUAACGGAGUUGUAUUUAUUGAUUUAAAGAAAGCUUUUGAUACGAUCGAUCAUCAAAUUAUCCUACAAAAGCUUAAAAAUUAUGGUAUUGACGAAAACAGUCUUACUUGGUUUCAUUCAUACCUCACUGAUAGAACUCAAAAGUGCCGGGUAAACGGUCAACUGUCAGAUUCUGUGCCAGUGGCCUGCGGUGUACCUCAAGGUUGA